AUGUUUGUGCAGAUCCUUUCACUGGCAAUAGCUUAUGGCGUCUGCGGACAGGGUGAAUUUAUUUGAAAAUUCUAUUGCCAAAACCUACAGUUUUGCUUUCUGUCAUAUUUUUAAUACAAAGUUUAAUCGGAAACGUUUUCAGCCCAAAAGUUGCACUUUUCCGUUUCCUUUACAGAGGACACGAGCACCUUGGAAUUUAAACAGAACAGCGAUUAUGUUUAUACGAAAAGUCUCUAUGGGGCCGUUGAGGUAAUCGCUGCCUGUUGGGCGAUGCGACGAUUUUCCAAUUUUAUUGAGGUUACAAAAUCUUUUCUUCACAUAGUACAUGACCGUUGACGGCAUGCGCGUUUCAGAGGCUACAACUGGCUCGCACUGUAUCGCGCCGAAUGACUGCUGGGAAAUUAUCCGACGUAAGAUAUUCGUGAGGAUUUUCGUUCCUUAAAAACCCAUUUAGUUAAGACAAAGACGUUGCACACUUAACAGAAAUAUAAGUAGUCAGGUACACAAGCAGUUCGUUCUUUUGAAAGAUGCAUGCAAAUAAUUUUUUCAAAACACGCGACAUUCUCAAUGUCCUUUAAGCGCUGGUUGCUUGUGCACAUAUGUGGAAGAUAGUACUGGCAACAAUGGAGAAAAAAGGAAAAAGGUUGGCUUGUAAAUAAAUAUUUACUAACGUAGAAACUAUUUAUUCUCCCUGAAAACUAGAAUUUCAGAAAAUGUCUUUAUUAUAAAUCGCCUAAAAUGCAUUCCAUAAACACAAAUAACAAGACCAAAUCUAUGACAUACUGCACACUCACAUUUCCGCCUCAAUACUUUUUGAGUUAGAACACCUGCAAGUGGGUCAUAGCGACAAAGACAAGGGAGCCUCGAAGGGCCGUUUCUGGCGUAUUGACUGUCAUCAGCCAGUUAUGCCCAACGUAAAGUGUGGCUCACUUGAGAUUCGAACUUGGGAUCUUUGGUCAUGGAGUUUGACACUCUACCAUCGAGCCACGGACACGUUGUCCUGUCGGUUGUAAUGGCGCAUAUAAUUUAUGGCAGUUGGGAGCUUCGCCGAACGUUUUACGAAAUGUGCUCGUACCCAUGUGCCUUAGUGCUCAAACUGGGACCCUCGACCGCAGUCGCUCAGCGACUGGUACUAUGUGUGUAAAUCAGAUGAUGCCAUCAAAGACAAAUGUUUAAUAAUGGUGACCGUUUCUAAUGAUGACAUUUAUUGAGUCCGCGCAAUGACCAUUUAUAUACCAUCGUACCUAUCCGUUUACAACUGCUGCUCUUAAAAUGUACCAUGUAGUCCGCAUUCAUUGCAAAAUGUUAUGGACUCUAUAUACUAUCUUUUUAAAAGCACAGAAGAAUGUGUGAUUUUCUUUACACGAAACGCAUUAAACUUGUGAACUGAAAUCAUUAUGCAAUCAUGAAACGGCUAAUCAGGCUCCAAAUUAUUCGACAAUCAUGAAACUUUUCUAAAACCUAAUUAUUCUUACUGUUCGAGCAUACAAUAUAAAGAUGAAGUAAUCCGCUAUCAAGAAACUAAGAUAGAGCCUUUUUUGCUUGUGGUUUCAAUAAAAUAUCAUUGAAUUUGCAAGACCAUCGAAAACCAAUAGAAGAAAUGCAUACUACAUAAUUAGUCAUUGUUUACUAUGUGCGGUUUGUACAGAAGAUUGGGAAGCAGAAUAAUCAUAGGCUUACAUCCCGCUGAGUCCGAAAUAUUAUGCCAUGAUGCAGAAGGAUAAUCAGCCUUUCAACCGCGCCUAAGUAAUCUUUCCCAAUCGAAAACGCAUUUCAGACUUUCAGACAACAUUUCAUGUGAUUAAUCACUCAGCUUAUGUGCGAGUGAGGUGAGGAAUGCUUAAUAGUGGUGAGACAAUUUCCACUCUAAUAUUUCUUUCGAUCUUGAACAUUUAUGUCCCAGAUAUUCAACGAAAAUUACAUUGCACUCGAAAAAACAGACGCAAUUAUAAUAAUGGUGUAUUAACCUCAUAUUUACGGCAAAAGUAUGCCGGCAAGUAUUAAAAUGAGCUGGCCAGGAUUAGAUUUACAUGGUGUAUUUCACACUCAACUCUGUCCCAAAUUUACAAAUAAAUCUUUUCUUCAAAAGCCAGACAGUACAUGAUUGUUAAUGGUUUCCUGGAGGAAUAUCCGGCAUCAUUCGUGUUGGAGCCGAAGGAUCCUAUUGGCAGAUGCUCUGUUGGAGUACAAUACACAAGUGCCAACAUAUCGGAGUGUAAGUCAAAGUAGCCAUUUUAGUCAAUUUACAUUAACAUUGUAUCAUAAAUGUGUUUAUAUCCGUUAAUCUUCGUGGCAGGCAUUAGUGAAGUCACUUACUUAGCUCAUGAAAACAAAAAGAGUACAAGAGGCAGAAAAAUACGUCCUAACGGUGAUUAUGUGUGUUGCCAAUCGAUCUGCUGGAAUUUAUUUUGAGUUAAGGCAAAAAAUCCGCUGGCCUCUUGUAGUUUAAGCAGCUUUAGAAAUUGCGUUUCAAAAAUACCGCAUUUAAUGAUUUCUCCUUUAGAUAUACCGCUGCCUUCUGGAGUAGUAUCUAUCUUCUCGAAAGAAAUCCUCAAAAAUGAAAGACUCAUUCAUAUUCUGCUGUUCAAUGGAAAACUUUCGGUAAUCAUCGGAAACCAAUUUUAUCAUUCCAACUGCGCGGUCUAAAUGGUGCUUCUAAGCGCCUUACAUGAGAAUCGUUAGCGUGUAGGGAUAAGCAUGACAUUAUUCAUUUGAAUUAAUCUGAGGAACCUAUUUAAUUGACGCACUAGCAUGCGCCAUUUUAUAUACUACUUGGAACUGAAGAAAAAGCAUCAUUAGUAAAUAGAUUAUUUGUACCUUUAUUACUUCCAUGUCAAGUAGAUGAGGUUGGUUUUGUUCAGACAAACUGAUUUUGGUUUAUUGUUGAAGUGAUUUUGGCAUUAAUCUACUUCAGCAGUAAGCUUCUAGUCAAGUAGAAUAACGCCUCCGGCACCAUUUCAUGUUCGUAACCGUUCAGACCAUAUACCGCGCGGGGGACAUUUCGGUAAAGAAAAGAAACGACAGUAUUUUAUCAGUUCUCGGGGUUUUCGGUAAGUGCAUUAUUCAGUGUUGCCAAAGAUUUCAUUAAAGUCAUGCCAAUGGAUUUGAUUCUUGCAAAACACUUUUAAUAACAGGUUUUCCACAUAAAACAGUUUUUACAUAUGAGCGUGUGUGCUUUCAGUGGAGAGGAAGGAAGUUGUACUAUUUACGGGACAUCUGGGAACCGAAACACGACAAAUGGAGAUAAAGUUUACGACUGGCAGGGUGACUCGUGUUACCAUAAAUCCUUCCAAUAAGCCGGAGGCCACGGCUCCAGUGUUAACAUUCAUCGACUUCAUGCACGCAUUCCAGUGCACAAAGAAUUAG